AUGGAGACAGUGCUUCAUGGUCUAUCUUACGAAUCCUGUCUGGUCUACCUAGAUGACAUCAUUAUAGUGGGCUGUACUUUCGACGAACAUCUAGAAAAUAUCAGAGAAGUUACCUAUCUCUGGCACGUCAUCUCUGCCGAAGGUGUCCGCACAGAUCCAGAAAAGGUGUCGGCAGUUAAGGACUGGGAACGUCCUGUGGAUAUUCAUCAACUACGGAGCUUCCUGGAACUCUGUACUUAUUACAGAAGAUUCGUGAAGGGGUUCUCCAGCAUCGCAAGGCCUCUGCAUAAAUUAACAGAAAGUAAACGAAAAUUCGUGUGGACCCUUGGAGUGCGAGAAGUCCUUUAA